UGCGGGCCGGAGCGCCGGGUUACGGCCCCUGCGAUGGCCCCCGCGCCGCCACUGGGCGCAGAGGUCGGACCGCUGCGGAAAGCGAAGAGCUCCCGACGGAACGCGUGGGGGAACCUGUCCUACGCCGACCUCAUCACCAAAGCCAUUGAGAGCGCCCCGGACAAGCGGCUCACGCUCUCGCAGAUCUACGACUGGAUGGUCCGCUACGUGCCCUACUUCAAGGAUAAAGGCGACAGCAACAGCUCGGCUGGCUGGAAGAACUCCAUCCGGCACAACCUGUCGCUGCACACCCGCUUCAUCCGCGUGCAGAACGAGGGCACUGGCAAGAGUUCCUGGUGGAUGCUGAACCCUGAGGGCGGAAAGACAGGCAAGACCCCGCGGCGCAGGGCCGUGUCCAUGGACAAUGGGGCCAAGUUCCUGCGUAUCAAGGGCAAGGCGAGCAAGAAGAAGCAGCUGCAAGCACCGGAGCGGAGCCCCGACGACAGCCCUCCCGGCGCGCCUGUCCCGGGGUCCCUGGCUGCCACGGCCAACCUCGAGUGCGACGUUGAGUCCAUCAUCCUCAACGACUUUAUGGACAGCGAUGAAAUGGACUUCAACUUCGACUCUGCGCUGCCUCCGCCACCGCCCGGCCUGGCCGGGGCCCCGCCCCCUAACCAGAGCUGGGUGCCGGGCUGAGGGCUGCCACCGGUGCCCCAGUCCCGUCCCCAGGGGGCCUCUGUCUUCCCAUCCUGAUCCCCGGGUCCCCAUUCCCGAUCCAGUCCGCGGGAGGAUCCAGGAGGAGGCAGCCCAGCCGAGCUAGAGACCGCCCUCGGUUGACCGCAGCGGGGAGUGGGGGGCCGGGGCGGGGGCACCCUACAACUUCCUGCCCCUCUCCGGAGCCACGCGUCUCUACUCCCUGGGAGGGAAGGCUGAAAGCUGGGCUCGGUCAGUGGAGGAGGGGGCCGUCUGGCUGUGGAUGCUGGCCACGGAGCUAACUGGGAGAUGGGGCAGGGGCGUUUCUGAGUCUUCAGUUUCAUUUGCGCAACCCUUGUGGUUACUGGGACGAGAAGCCCAUCCCAAACUUUGAUCCCCAACAGACCUUUCCCCUCUAAUCUUAGUCUCACUACCCGAGGUCAGCGACCCGAAAGCUGACAUCUAUUGGCCAUCCACCCUGAACAAUCCAACUCCAACCCUAUGCUCGCCAGCUGCCCUCACCCCCACGGUUCAGCCUCUCCCUUCCAUCCUAACCUACCCUAGUGUCCCUUUCCCCGGUCAGGCAGCCACAUCACAGUCCCAGUGCUGGUCUCAGUCUUUCCAGUGGGUCUCAGUUCCGGAUCCCCGCCCCGGUCCAACGCCCUUUUCUCCGUGCCAGUGCUGGCCCUCUCCCAUAUUUAUAAGUGUCUGGUCGGGGCGGGCGGUGGGUGCGGCGUCCCCGGCGCGUAUCGUAGGCAGUGUACCGUGGCCGUGCCGUCAGCGUGUGCGUGUGCGUGUGUGCCGUGUCGAGGCCGUGUAGAGUGCAUUGUACAGCAUAU